AUGGAGUCGAAGGCAGCGAAUACAACAACAGUGUCGGCGAUGGAUGCGUUCGAGAAGCUUGAGAAGGUGGGAGAAGGAACGUACGGGAAGGUUUACAGAGCGAGGGAGAAGGCGACUGGGAAGAUCGUGGCCCUCAAGAAGACUCGUCUCCAUGAGGACGAGGAAGGCGUCCCUCCCACCACUCUCCGUGAGGUCUCCAUUUUGCGCAUGCUCUCCAGAGACCCCCACAUCGUCAGGUUGAUGGAUGUGAAACAAGGGCAGAACAAGGAAGGCAAGACUGUGCUUUACUUGGUGUUUGAGUACAUGGACACUGAUCUUAAGAAGUACAUCCGCACCUUCCGUCAAUCUGGAGAAUACAUACCUUCCCCCAUCGUUAAGAGCCUGAUGUACCAACUUUGCAAAGGUGUUGCCUUUUGCCAUGGUCAUGGAAUCUUACACAGGGAUCUUAAGCCUCACAAUCUCCUCAUGGACCGCAAGACAAUGAUGCUUAAAAUUGCUGAUCUUGGACUAGCUCGAGCCUUUACUGUACCACUCAGGAAGUAUACUCAUGAGAUAUUGACCCUGUGGUAUAGGGCUCCUGAAGUCCUUCUGGGAGCUACACAUUACUCAACUGCAGUGGAUAUCUGGUCUGUUGGCUGUAUAUUUGCUGAACUUGUCACGAAGCAAGCACUCUUCCCCGGGGAUUCUGAACUGCAGCAGCUCCUACAUAUAUUCAGGUUGUUAGGUACUCCAAAUGAAGAAGUGUGGCCAGGUGUAAGCAAACUCAUGAACUGGCAUGAAUACCCCCAGUGGAGCCCUCAAAGUUUGUCCAAGGCUGUUCCCAAUUUGGAUGCGAUGGGGUUGGAUUUGUUAUUGCAAAUGUUGCAAUAUGAGCCUGCAAAACGCAUUUCAGCAAAGAAAGCUAUGGAACACCCUUACUUUGAUGAUCUGAACAAGGCUUCUCUUUGA